AUGAUACACGAUUUACAGAAACCGUAUGGUGACCCAGAAGAUAGGUUCAACUCUCCGUACUUUGAAAUCAUGUUUGUGUACAUGUUCUACUGCGCUAUUCUAUAUGUUAUUAAUUUUACGGGGUAUGAUGGUUUCUUUGGCUUGAGUAUUAAUCAUGCUUGUUUGAAAAUGGAGUUGUAUUGCAAGGCUUUUGAGGAUGCGUUGAGAGCGAAGAGUUAUGAGGAGAUGCAUGCCAAAAUUGUUGGUGUUAUUAGGGAGCAGAAUCGACUUUUCAAAUAUGUAGAACUCAUACAAGAAACCUUCAACAUUUGGUUGGGUAUAAUUCUCAUUGCCACCAUGAUACAAAUAUGCAACUGUAUGUAUCAUAUUACUGAGUCAUUAGAAACAGCUACACUAAUAUACUGCGCAAACUGGGAGCGAGUCAGCAUUAUGUCGAUUCGAAAAAUGGUACUUUUCAUGAUAGCCCGAGCGCAGAUACCACUCGAAAUAACAGCGUUUAACAAACUAAUAUUCGACAUGGAUCUCUUUGUAUCCAUUCUGCAAACUUCAUAUUCAAUGUACACUUUAUUACGUUCAUAA